AUGAUAAACGCGAAUGAGCCAGCACUUAUCAUAAUGAACCACAGGACUAGGCUUGACUGGAUGUUUUUCUGGAAUGCUCUCUAUAAAAUGGACCCAUGCUUGCUUACCACUGAAAAGAUCGCACUGAAGAAACAGCUGGAGCACAUUCCUGGCGCAGGUGUGUGCCGUUGUUUUCUGUUUUCCUGUGAAAUAUAUCUGCAGGCUACUUUUCGUUCUGGUGACGUUUUAACACUGUAG